UAAUCUCAUAUUUUGCGUUUGAAUAGAAACUGCAUCGAAAAUUGACAAACGCGCGGACAAUUCAAAAUUGUGUCUAGCCUCUCUCAAUGAUAAUGUCUGGAUUAAAGCAUCAGAAACGAGCUUUUGCGCAGCUCGGAGUUACUGCGAAGAGAAUGUAAGCGUCUCAGUGAUCUCGUCCUCGUCGUGGGAAUUCGGCCACCAGUUGCAAGCUUCACGGCUGCGAGAACGGUUGGGCGGGAGGUUUGUCGAAAGUCUCAGAUUAAGAGGCCUAAAGGAAAAUAUCUUUCUUAAACAUAAUACAUGUAAAUCAAAAUGAAAUUUUGAUUUAGUAAAGUACUUUCAAUCUUCUAUCAAAAAAAUCAGUUCGUGAUUGACUCAUAUUACACCAAAAGCUUAAUUUUAGUGAUAUAACUCAUACUCAAGUUGUACGAUUAUUUUUGCCGCCUCUUAUUAAAACAAAAAGAAAAAGAAAUGGAUUAAUAAUAAAAAAAUAAUAAUAAUAAUAAUAAUAAUAUGACAUCCUUGAGCAGAAUUGCGCACUUGACGAAUUCAAUGAUGACGACAAUCAUGAAAAUUCGCGCAUUUAAAAUUUAAUUUAAUCUAACACCGGGGAGGGUGAAUAUUUACGCGCGUAUAUCGCACAUUCGUCUGCACGGGCCGCUUUAAAUGUGCAAAGAGACGAGUAUUGCGAGAUCGAAUCUACCUCUUGGGUGGUAAAUUCGAGAGAUUCGGAGAGUUUACGGAAACGAUACUCAGCGGAUCAGCGAUGUUGCGAAGAAAGUAAAGUGCGCGAGAAAAGCGACGUCGUGCCGUUGAUGAUACACUCGACACGCAGAAGGAAGCCAAUUUGGAUUGCGGCCAAGUCUAAGAAAAUCUCUGCAAACAUGGAGGAAGAAGAGAGUCUCGGCGAUGCUACCGGCGACGAUGCUGGCGUUAAAGAACUUCAGGAACUUCGUGACAAAUACGAAGGAAAGCUGACAGCGUCUCUUUACACGGGAACACUCUGUGUUGCCGCUGUCGCUUCGCUCAUCGCUCUAGGUGCUCUCUGCUUCACUGAUUAUCAUGAAUUAUCCAAUAUGAUCGAUCUGAUACCAGUAUCAGCAUUGACGAGCAUGCUCAUCGUCUCUUUAACGCUUUUGGUGAUCACGCAAUUACCUUCAACUAUGAUAUCUAAACGAUCCAGGAUUUUAAUAGGUUUAACGUCCUCCGUCAUCCUUGGUCUAGGAAUUUUAAUAUUAAGAAAUGUCAUAUCCUUGUUUGUCUGCAUCCUAUCAAUAAUUGCCAUUCUGCCUAAAAUGAAAUGGCAAAUACCGCUUAUCAUUGGCUGCAUCCUAGCCCUUGCGCACAUUUUGAGAAGACUUAUUCGCCUUACUUUCGAGGAUUUAACAAACCAUUAUGAUACGAUCCAGAUCGCUGCGGAGAUCAUAUUUCUUCUGGUUGCUAUCCUCGCAGGCAUGUACUAUAGGAUCUUGACAAUGGCAGCCCAUCGCAAAACAUUUUCCGGCACGAAAACGGUGAUCGAGUCACGAAUUAAGCUUGAAUGCGAGAGGGAGCAGCAGGAGCAAUUAUUGCUCAGCGUUAUUCCAGCCUACAUCGCGGCAGAGGUGAAGAGAAGUAUAAUGCUAAAAAUGGCGGAUGCUUGUCAAGAAGCUAAUAAACACAAGCAAACCACGUUUCAAGAAAUGUAUGUACAACGACAUAAUAACGUAAGCAUUCUCUAUGCGGACAUUGUCAACUUUACACCGCUAUCGGAACAGCUUUCAGCUUCCGAUCUUGUGAAAACGCUCAACGAGCUCUUCGGCAAAUUUGAUCAAAUAGCACAGGAUAAUCAGUGCAUGAGGAUUAAAAUUUUAGGCGACUGCUACUAUUGUGUUUCUGGGCUUCCAGUAUCCCGUCCAAAUCAUGCCUAUAACUGUGUGAACAUGGGACUCCAAAUGAUCGAUGCCAUCAGAUUUGUUCGCGAGGCCACUGGCUUCAACGUCGACAUGAGGAUAGGAAUUCACACGGGGAACGUGCUGUGCGGAGUUCUUGGCUUGCGGAAAUGGCAAUUCGACGUGUGGAGCGACGACGUCACCCUGGCCAAUCACAUGGAGAGUGGCGGUCUGCCAGGGAGAGUUCAUAUAACAAAGGCUACUCUGCUGCAACUGGGCGAUCGGUUUGAGGUUGAACCAGGCGAUGGAGGAUCUCGAGACGGUUACCUUGCACAGCACAAAAUAGAAACUUUUCUUAUCGUGCCAUCCAAAAAGAAAAAUCGAGAGGAAACUGGAAUGGAAAAUGGUGGAAAUCAUAUAAAAGGACCUGUACCUUCCAGGUCCAGGCCCAGUAGUAAAAUGACAAAAUACGUGGAAUGUUGGGGCGCAGACAAACCUUUCGCCAAUAUAGCGGAAGCAACGUUAGCAAAGAAUAUUGGCCUAACAAGCAUCGCAAUGAUUGAGUCGAAUCUAUUGGCGAACAAUACCAACUGCUUUAACAUACAACACUGGUGCGGCAGAACUGAAGGAAUUUCGCCUUUUACUUAUUGGUUCAAGGACAAAAAUCAAGAACAGCUGUAUCGUGAGCAGAGGGAUGAACAAUAUCCUUGGUACGUUGUGGCCUCUAAUGUGAUUUAUGCAAUGAUGUUCUGCAUUCAAAUUAUCUAUUUACCAAGAAGCAUCAUAGUUUACGGUUGCUUUGCAGCUGGAUUAGCAUCCCUGAUUAUAUUUGCCAUGAUUUCUUGGUACAAUGGAAAGACCGACACUGAUAAUAUUGAAGAAAUAACGAAUCAAAUCGCAUUUAGCCGUGGUAUUCGCAUAACAGUAUAUUUGAUAACGGCACUAUUAGCCAUCGCAUCAUCAGUCAUCAGUCUGGUCGAAGUUGAUCAGAUUACUGGAUACAAUAUCGUACCUGUGUACAUAUAUUCUCCAGUCAUAGCAUUAAUAGUUGGUUGGGCACAUCUGAGAGUUGAUUUUUUGCUGAAGUUAAGCGUAAUGCUCCUAUCCAUUGUUGUAAUACUCGUCAUUUUCUCUCAAGCACCAGUAAUCCAACUGUAUUACGAAAGCUCUGGCGCAAAAUUUUACAGCGUCCAUUAUCUGAUGCAAAUUGGAUAUUUACUGCUACUCGUCAGUCUGAUACUUCACGUUCUUGACCGACAAGUAGAAUAUUCAUCCAGGACGGAUAUUCUGUGGAAGAGCAAGCUCAGAGUCGAGCAGGACGAAGUGGAAACCAUGAGAGGCAUCAACAAGAUUCUCUUAGAAAACAUUCUUCCAGCGCAUGUAGCUGAUCACUUUUUAGCUACAAGAACUACACAGGAACUCUAUCACGAAAGAUAUAGCAGUAUCGCUGUAAUGUUUGCGUCGAUUCCGAAUUACAAGGAAUUUUAUGACGAGACCGACAUAAACAAGCAAGGUCUCGAGUGUCUACGUCUACUUAAUGAGAUUAUUUGUGAUUUCGACAAACUCUUACUCAAACCGAAAUUCUCGGGAAUCGAAAAAAUUAAGACGAUAGGUAGUACUUACAUGCUGGCAUCUGGCCUAAGUCCAGGAAAGGAAGAUGGUGAUGGCAAGGAUCCAUUAAAACAACAAGAUCAUAAUGUAAUUGUACUCGUCGAGUUUGCCAUUGCACUUAUGACAAUUCUGGAUCAGAUCAACAGAGAUUCUUUUCAAAGAUUCAAGUUGAGAAUGGGCUUAAAUCACGGUCCGGUAAUAGCGGGAGUCGUAGGAGCUCAAAAACCGCAAUAUGACAUUUGGGGAAAUACCGUGAACGUUGCUUCCAGAAUGGAUAGUUGCGGUGAAAUGGGAAAGCUUCAAGUCACCGAGGACACUGCCAAGAUCCUCAUCGACGCCGGAUAUGAGCUUAUUUGCCGAGGACCGACGUACGUGAAGGGCAAGGGAACUCUCAUCACGUAUUUCGUGAAGACACCUCUUGACGAUAAAGGGGAUAAUUAUUAACAAUAAGACAUUCGUCGAAGAGAUUUAAAUAAUCAAAUUUUAUCUCGCAAUUAAGAAAAAUUUACCUCACUGGCAUGAUUGAUCCUCAUAAGUUUGAAUGUAUAUGAAUAUCCAAUGAAAAAAUAACGGUAACAUGAAAAAUUGCAAAAAA